CAGGCGAGAGUUGUUCUACAUACACAGUGUACUGCAGGGAGCAUUCUACAUUUACAGCACCCUGCACAAUAACUGUACUCAUCACCAACCACAUUUGUGCGGUGGACAAGUUGUGAACUAGCAGCAUACAUCUUUUAUAUCUUCUCUUCUUCCCGCAAGAGAACUGCUUGCACCAUGUCCUAUAAGGGAAACCUUUCUGCAGGCAACUUGUCAUUCGCUGAGAAGGCAAAAGUCCAGAUGCGGCGCCCAACCCCAGACAGCGAUGCCUUGGCAUCUUCCGAUGACGAGCACGUUCCUCCAGUUACUCGCCCUCUCCCGUCCAAUCAGAUGACAGCCACUCGCCGACCAUCAUCUGGAUGGCUCCAAGAUAUCCAACCUAACCGGAAGUUCUCUCUGCCAUCUGUUUCUCUCGCUGGACCUGGAUCUCAGCCAACGACCCCGUCGCUUGAAUUGCCAUCCCAGGUUCGCCCGAGCACGUCUGCGUUCCCGUGGAACACUUCCAGCUUUACUUCUUCCCAAGGCGGUACCCGUCUCAAGGAGGUUCUACCUUCACCGACUUCUCUGUUGCCAGGCAACGAGAAGUCUCUUCCUUCACCUGAGACCACCGAAGCUGACGAUGGUAUCGGUUUCCUCCUUCAACAAAACCCGAUCCGCAAAUCGGUUCGCUCUCAGUCUUAUAGUGUCGGUCAACCUGAUCUUGACAACCCCACUUCUCAGUUCACCUCACGACUCCGCACAUCUCUUCGCCAUCGCCCUUCCAAGCCCAGCCUUCUUGGGGAAUCGCUCUCACAGCUCCGUGAGGACGACUUCGACGAGGUCGAGAGUUCGAACGGAUCCGAAGGCGGGUUGCGUCUGCCCCCAGGCUACUGGGAGCGAGAACAGCAGAAGCAGGCUGAGCACGCUUUGCUGAAGCAAGCUGCCAACACUCGUGCCCGCAACCGCGCGCCUUCUACAAGCUCUCCCACCCCAUCGCGUCGUGUCAAUCCCAAGACAGCUCAAUAUCUUCGAGCCAUGACGCGCCCAGAGAGCGACUACGCCAUCGACGAGGAGGACGACAACAUUUCUUCUAUGGAAGGAGGUAGCCCAUCUCUCACUCGCCGUUACAGCGAGCAUAUCGGCGCCAUGAGUACGCACGACGCGGACGCUGAAGAGUCAUCGGCGGCCAACACUGCCAAUGCUCCGGACUGGCUCACCGCUGACGACGGCUUGGGCAUGGUCAUGGAGACACUUGGUCGUCGUCACUCAUUCGCGACCUAUGGCACGCACAACACGACUUUCCAAACGCCUACUCUGGCAAAUACGUACGAGGAAGAUGAAGAUGCUACCCCAGGCCCGUCUUCACAAUCCCUCGUUCCUGCCAUCCCGCCGCUUGACCAGUUCGAUGCUGAGGCCUACUUCACCGGAUAUGGCCCUGCUUCUCGCGCGAUCAAUGCGUCCUCCAUAUCCGCGUCCCACCCGAACCCCAUUUCUCACCAGACGAGUGCUGGUUCCGCCACCGGAAACCCUUACUUCAUCCCCUCCGCUUAUGGUCGCCCAGCUCGACGUCUCUUCGUCGUCACCUUUAAGUGCUCUCGAGCCGAUAUAUACUACCUCUACGCAAACACGGGCCUGGAGAUUCGUCGCGGAGACUUAGUCAUCACCGAAGGAGACCGUGGCUGCGACCUCGGCCAAGUCACCCAUGCCGACAUCUCCAUGGAAGAUGCAAAGAAGUUCAAGGCCGAGGCGAACGAGGAGCACUUCCGCUGGCUCGUCAUGUUCUCUCAAUACUCCCUAGCUGGUACCUCUACUGAUUCCGGAAUGCUCGGAGCCCUCGCUCGCGCGAAAGGGUUCGCAAACACCUUCGACCGCAACGCCCUGACUGGCAUGGGCGCCCAGCAAGACCAAGACGCAAAACCUCGCAUGAUCAAGCGUCUGGCCCAGCAACACGAGAUCACGGCGUUGAGGGAUAAGGAGGGGCAGGAAGCCAAGGCAAAGCGUCUCGCCGCCACCAAGGCGGUGGAGCACAAGCUGCCGAUGGAGAUUCUAGAUGCAGAGUUUCAGGCGGAUCACAACAAAUUGACAUUCUUUUAUUACGCCGAGUCUUAUGUCAACUUCAACGACCUUGUUGUCGACAUUUUCAAACAGUACAAGAUCCGGAUCUGGAUGUCAGCAGUCAACCCAGCCUCUGUUGUGAAUCCAGCCGGACUCAUGCAAGUUCCACCACCGUCUGCCAUUGGCCCAGGAGCCAUUUUGCAUUCUACUGCUCAGCACCCAUCGGUCCCAGUCGGACCUGGCUUUGGCACCUAUCGCUCUGGUCAGCAACAAUAUAGUCGCGCCACUGCUCGCUCCCAAGCCUUUGAGGAGCAGUACACAUACCCAUACGCCCAGCCGCCACCGGCCUACACCGGCCAGAACCAGUACGCCAUACAGCCCUGGAGCCAUGGUCAGUACUCACCGUUCCCGGUCCCGGCUGGGGGCUACCCGGGCGUAACUGGCAGUGGUAGCCCUAUGGGCUAUGGAGGCUACUACCCACCGGCUUCUGCAAGCACCGGCUACUACGACCCGACAGUUCUUGCUGCCAUGCAGAACUUAUCUUUCAACUGAGUGGAUUCUGGUACUGGACAAAAGUUUCUGAUUUCUGACUUCUGACUUCUGACUUCUGUGAUUUGUGGGGAUUCUGGUA